GCAAAAACAAUCUCCAUCUUCUUCUCUCUCACACGUCAGAGAAGUCAAACGAACAACUCUUUCCCAGAAGCUCGCGGCUUCCCAGCUUCGCUUGUCCCCGCCGUGAUCGGAUUCUCGACCCGCGGCGACGCCACGCCGGCGCCACCCUGCUCGUCGCCGUCGUCUUCGGGCCGCAGGAAUUACUUGCAGUAAAUGGCUUCUUUUCGAGCUUUCCUGAACAGUCCUGUUGGCCCCAAAACUACUCAUUUUUGGGGACCUGUUGCAAACUGGGGAUUUGUGGUCGCUGGAUUGGUUGACAUGCAAAAACCGCCAGAGAUGAUAUCUGGCAACAUGACUGCAGCUAUGUGCGUAUACUCAGCACUGUUUAUGAGGUUCGCAUGGAUGGUGCAACCACGCAACUAUCUACUUCUUGCAUGCCAUGCUUCAAAUGAAACCGUCCAGCUCUAUCAACUCUCCCGUUGGGCAAAGGGUCAGGGGUACUUGUCGGAGAAGAAGAAAGAUGAAGCCUCGUCACAGUGAUAUGUUGUGAAUGUAUCUUUCCCUGUUCCAAUUGUCUUUUGAUAUUUUCACUGGAGUUCCAUAAAACAAUUUCCUUUCUUAUGCUAUUAAAAUCGCGAUUUAGCGAGACUUGAGUGAUCCUAGCUGGAUUUGUAUAUCUUGGUGUUGCAAUUUACAAUUUAUGUUAAACAAAUGGUGCUUACGAUUGCACAUAUGUGAAUGGAUAGGAUCACGCUGUCUAUUUGUGCUUGCAA